AUGGGCCCCACGUCCAGGCCCCCCGGUCCCACGGAUCCCACCAGGCCCACCAGCCCCACAGACCCUUCAACCAAGCCCCCUGGCCCUACGGACCCCACCAGGCCCACCGCCCCCACAGACCCGUCAACCAAACCUUCCAGCCCCACGGGCCCCACGUCCAGGCCCCCCGGUCCCACGGAUCCCACCAGGCCCACUGGCCCCACAGACCCUUCAACCAAGCCCCCUGGCCCUACGGGCCCCACAGCCAAGCCUCCCGGCAUCACCAGCCCCACAACCAAGCCCCCUGGCCCCACAGACCCCACAUCCAGGCCGCCCGGCCCCACGGAUCCCACCAGGCCCACUGGCCCCACAGACCCUUCAACCAAGCCCCCCGGCCCUACGGACCCCACGUCCAAGCCCACCGGCCCCACAGGCCCCACAGCCAACCCUCCUGGCACCAACACCCCCACAACCAAGCCCCCUGGCCCCACAGAUCCCACCAGGCCAACCAGCCCCACGGACCCUUCAACCAAGCCCACCGGCCCCACGGACCCCACAGCCAACCCUCCCGGCAUGACCACCUCUACGCCUAAGCCCUCUGGCCCCACGGACCCCACAGCCAAGACCCCCACUCCCACGGACCCCACACCUGGUGCGACGACUUCACAAACUCCCACGGCCAACACCACUACCAGCCCCACCACGCCAGCCCCAGGAUCGUGCCUCCCGAACUCUCACUACGAUCUGUGCGUCUCGAGCUGCCCCCCGACGUGUGAGGACCGCAGCCCCAACUGCCAGGUCCCCUGCCAGCCCGGCUGCGCCUGCGACCCCGGCUAUGUGGUCAGCGGCUCCCGCUGCGUCAACGUCUCCUCCUGCGGCUGCUCCCACCAAGGACAAUACUAUAAGCCUGGGGAGGUGAUCUUCUCGGAGAAGUGCGACGAAAUGUGCCAGUGCCUGGGAGACAACCGGACCCAGUGUUCCCCCACUGCCUGCCGGCCUGGAGAGGUCUGCGUCAGCCAGAGCACGGGAGUCCAGGGAUGCUUCCCUGAAGAGUCGGGCACCUGCGUGGCCACGGGCGAUCCCCACUUCACCACCUUCGACAAGAGGAAGUUCAACUUCAUGGGCAACUGUAGCUACGUCCUGGCGGCCACCUGCAACGCCACGGGCCCCGGCCCGGCCUUCCGCGUGGUCGCCGACCUGGAGCAUCGUUAUGGCAACCAGCGGGUCUCCUACGUCUGCGCGCUGCACGUGGACCUGCUGUCGUUUCGUGUCUCCUUGCUGCGGAACCGGGUGGUCCAGGUGAACAACUCCACAGUGACCCCUCCGAGCAGCCUCGGGUCCGGAGUGACCGUAUCCGUGUCCGGCCGCUUCAUCGUGGUGGCCUCCGGCUCUGACCUGGAGGUCCGCUACGACGGGGAGCACCACGCCGACGUCCGCGUGGCCCGCAGGUACCGCGACCAGACGUGCGGCCUCUGUGGAGACUUCGACGGAGACGGCACCGACGACUUGCAGUUCCCCAACGGGACCCUGGCCCCCGGCCCCGGCCCCUUUGGAGACAGCUGGGCCACUGACAGCAACUGCAGCUCCCCAGUCUCGCCCCCUGCUCGGCCUUGCCCCGAGGAGGAAGUGGAGAGCUACGAGGGCCCCACGUUCUGUGGCAUCUUCACCAGCCCCCAGGGACCCUUCGCCACCUGCCACCCCCGCAUCAACCCCACCGUGAGCCGCGGGGACCUCAGCAGCCCUGGAGGACCGGGGAGCCGAGGGACUUUCGCCAAGGACUGCGUCUAUGACCUGUGCGAGACGGACGGAGACCCCGGCCAGCUGUGCCGCUCCCUGGAGGCCUACGCCGCUGCGUGCCAGGCCGCGGGGAUCCUCCUCGGGCCCUGGAGGAACCAGACUCGCUGCCCCCUCGUUUGCCCCUUGAACAGUCACUAUGAAACCUGUGGUACUCGCUGCCCAGGCUCCUGUGCCACCCACGAGGCCCCAUCCUGCCCGGGGGGCUGUGUGGAGGGCUGCCAGUGUGACCCCGGCUUCCUGCUGAGCGGGACAACCUGUGUAACCCAGGCCGAGUGCGGUUGCACUGUUGAUGGGAAGUACUACAAACCCCAGGAAGAGUGGUACGGACCGGGCUGCAAGGAGAAGUGCCACUGCCUGGGUGAGAACCGCACGGAGUGUCAGGAAUGGCAGUGUGGGCCGCAGGAAGUCUGCCAGCUCCAGGACGGGCACUAUGGCUGCCACGCCAGCGGCUCAGCCUCCUGCUCCAUCUCCGGAGACCCCCACUACCUCUCCUUUGAUGGCCGACGAUUCAGCUACAUGGGGACGUGUACCUACACCCUGACUCAGCCCUGCAACGACUCCUCGGAUCCGAAGUUCAGCGUGGCCGCCAAGAACGAGGAGCGGGGCCAGCGGGGCGUCUCCUACCUUAGCCAGGUCUAUGUGAGGGUCCCGGGAGCCAACGUGACCCUCCUCAAGAGCCGACGGACCCUGGUUGAUGGGCAGCGGGUGACCCUCCCGUCCGAGCCUGCCAGGGGCGUCUCCGUGGCCCAGAGCGGUCGCUUCGUGGAGCUGCGGACGGCCUUUGGGCUGCGGGUCCGCUGGGACGGGAACCACCAGCUGGACGUGACCGUGCCCAGCUCCCUCUCAGGCCAGCUGUGCGGACUGUGUGGCGACUACGACGGGGACCGCGACAACGACAACCGGAAGCCGGACGGCAGCGCGGCCGUGGACGAGGACGACUUCGGGGACAGCUGGCAGACCACGGGGGACCAGGAUGAGGAGUGUCGGCCCAACCAGACGGUGCCCCCGACCUGCGACCCGGCCCUGCAGGAGAGCCUGAAGGGACCAGAGUACUGCGGGCGGCUCACCGACCCCAAAGGAGCCUUCAGCGCUUGCCUGCCUCACCUCAACGCCUCCUUCUUCUUUGAGAACUGCGUGUUCGACAUGUGCAGCUACCAGGGGCUGCACAAGACGCUGUGCGACCACCUGGCCGCCCUGACCGAGGCCUGCCAGGCCGCCGGGCUUCCCGUGGAGCCCUGGAGGGGACCCCAGUUCUGCCCCCUGUCCUGCCCCGCGGGCAGCCACUACGCCCUGUGUGCCGAUCCCUGCCCGGCCACGUGCCACCGGGGCUUCUCGCCACCAUCCUGCCCCUCCCGCUGCACCGAGGGCUGCGAGUGCGACCCCGGCUUCGUCCUCAGUGGCUCCCGCUGCGUUCCCACUGCUCAGUGUGGCUGCCUGGACCCCUCCGGAGCCUACCACGAGGCCGGAGAGCAGUGGUUUGGACCGGACUGCCGGGAGCGGUGCGUCUGCGAGGGGCUGGACAACAUCCGCUGUGAGCCCGGAGGCUGCGGGGCCCAGGAGAGCUGCGGCCUGCAGGACGGCGUGCUCGGUUGCCACCCGCAGGGCUCGGCCAUCUGCAGCGCCUCGGGUGACCCCCACUACCUGACAUUUGAUCAAGCCCUGCACCACUUCAUGGGCACGUGUACCUACACGCUGGUCCAGCCCUGCGGUGGCCCCGAUGGGCGCGAGAACUUCACGGUCACCGCGUCUAACGAGCGGCGCGGCGGCAACGCCCGCGUCUCCUACGUCCGGGCCGUCCACGUCCACGUCUUCGGCCUCAGCGUCUCCCUGCUCAAGAGCCGCCGGGUCACGCUGGACGGGCUCCGGGUGGAACUGCCGCUGUCGGCUGCAGAGGGCCGGCUGUCCGUGGGGCUCAGCGGCUCCUUCGUCCUCCUGCGCACCGACUUCGGGCUGCGGGUCCGCUACGACGGGACCCACUUUGUGGACGUCAAGGUGCCCUCCUCCUACUCCGGCCAGCUAUGCGGCCUGUGCGGCAACUACAACAGCAACAGCUCUGAUGACAACCUGCUCCCAGACGGGACCCCCGCCGACAACUCCACCCAACUUGGGGAGGGCUGGUUGGUGCCCGACCCCAGCGAUCCUCAAUGCUCCCCGAGCGGUGGCGAACCCCCCAACUGUCCUGAUGACGACCAGGCCGACCGGUGGAAGGCCAACUGUGCCAUCCUGAAGGACCCCAACGGCCCCUUCGCCAAUUGCCACGGACUGGUCCCCGUGAACGGCAGCCUGACCAGCUGCGUGUACGACCAGUGCGGGACGAAGGGAGACACCCCCACACUCUGCCAAUCCCUGCAGGCCUACGCCGCGCUCUGUGCCCAGGCCGGGGUGCCCCUUGCCUGGAGGAACCAGACUUUCUGCCCUCUGAACUGCCCGUCCGGCAGCCGCUACAGCCACUGCACCAGCCCCUGCCCGGCCAGCUGCCCCGGCCUGACGUCCCCCGGGGACUGCCCCUCCGGCCUGCCCUGCUCCGAGGGCUGUGAGUGCGAACCGGACCACGUGCUGAGCGGUGAUGCCUGCGUCCCCCUGAGUCGCUGUGGCUGUUCCGACCCUGACGGCGGCUACCAUGCAGUGGGCGACAGUUGGUAUACAAACAGCAACUGCUCCGAGCUCUGCUCCUGCUCCGGUCCCAACGCCGUGACCUGCUGGGCCUCCAGCUGCAGCCCAACCCAGGUCUGCCGGCCUCAGGACGGGCUCGUCGGCUGCCACGACAGUGGCAUCGCCAUGUGCCACGUCUCCGGGGAUCCCCACUACCUGAGCUUCGACGGCACGUACCACACCUUCAUGGGCACCUGCACCUACACACUGGUGUCUCUGUGCCAGCCGGGCCCGGGACUGGUGCCCUUCAAUGUCUCAGCCAAGAACGAGGAGCGCGGGGGCCAGGCCCAGGCCUCCUACCUCCGAAUGGUCUAUGUGGACGUCUACGGCGCCCGGAUCACCCUGCAGAAGGGCCGGCGGGUCAUGAUCAAUGAGGAGCAGGUGCGUCCGCCACUGGUCGACCCCGUGCCGGGCGUCACCAUCACCACCGGUGGCAUCUACGUGGUGCUCGCCACCGACUUUGGGCUCCUCGUCAAGUUCGACGGGAACCACCACCUGGAGAUUCAGAUCCCCGGAGGUUACUUCAACAGGGUCUGCGGCAUGUGCGGGAACUUCAACAACCGGACAGACGACGAGCUGAUGACGCCCCAGGGGACCCAGGCCCGGAACGACACGGAAUUUGGAAACAGCUGGAUGGCGGAAGGAGAUUCGGAUCCGGGGUGCCAGCCAGAUACUCGAGAGGACUUGAACGGGAGCUGCGGAGCAGCGGAGAAGGCGGAGGCGGCGGCUCGGUGCCAGGCGGCCCUUGGGGGCCCCGCUUUCUCGGCCUGCGCGGGCCUGGUGCCCGUGGAGCCCUUCCUCCGCGGCUGCGCCUUCGACCUGUGCGAGUUCGGGGGCUUGGGCAGCCUGCUGUGCGACACCCUCCAGGCCUACGCCGCGGCCUGUACGAGCCAGGGCCUGCGCCCACCCCUCUCCUGGAGGAACGAGACCUUCUGCCCGCUGCUCUGCCCGGCCAACAGCAGCUACACGCCCUGUGCCCCCACCUGCCCCCCAACCUGCCUGGACCUGGGGGGCUCCUGCGGGGGAAGCAGGGUGGGCUCGCUGGCCUCCUGCUCCGAGGGCUGCGUCUGCGACCCGGGCUUCGUGCUCAGCGAGGACCAGUGCGUGCCCAUGACCCAGUGUGGCUGUGUUGAUGCCCAGGGCAGAUACCAUGGGGAGGGGGACUGGUGGCUACUGGGUGGCUGCCAACAGCUCUGCACCUGCACGAGCGGCUCCGUGAGCUGCCAGCCUCUCAGCUGCCCCUCCGGGUCCCAGUGCCAACUGGGCCCGAGCGGCCCCGUCUGCAGGCCCGUCUCCACCGACCGGUGCUCCAUCUCCGGAGACCCCCACUACCGCACCUUCGACGGCUUCAGCCACCACUUCCAGGGCCGCCAGACGUACACGCUGACGCAGACGGUGGACGGCCUGCCCCGCGGGCUGGAACCGCUCGUCGUCGAAGGCCGCAACAAGAGGCGCCUGGCCUGGAAUCGCGUCUCCUUCCUCCACGAGCUGGCCGUGGCCGUCCACGGCUACAGCAUCCAGCUCCUGCCUGGACGCAAGCUUGUGGUGAACGGGGAGAAGGUGACACCCCCAUUCCGGCCUCACGACCACCUGCACAUCUACCUGCGAGCCCGGCGCCUCUACUUAGAGACCGACUUCGGGCUGGCGGUCAGCUUCGACGGCCAGGACAGCGCAGUGAUCACCCUGCCCAGCACCUAUCGCUCCCUGGUCCGCGGCCUGUGUGGGAAUUUCGACGGGGACCGGAAAAAUGAGUAUAUGCUGCCCAGCGGCUCACUGACCCGUUCCCUCAACACCUUUGGCAACAGCUGGGAGGUCAAGGACAACAAGGCGGCCCUCACCUCCUCCCGGGCUGGGGCUCGGCGGCAGCCCAGGGCCGCAUCCGAGGAGGAGGACGGAGAGAGCGACUCUGGCUUCGACUUGUCCGGGUGUACGGAGGAGCAGCUGCGGGUCAUCAACGGCAGCCAGCACUGUGGGGCCAUUUCCGACCCCCACGGCCCCUUCACCCCCUGUCACAGCCUGGUCGACCCCCAAUCCUUCCAGAAUGACUGUCUGUUUGACCUCUGUGCGAUCCAGAGUCAGACCGAGGCCCCAGAGCUGCGUUGUCAGAGCUUCACCGUCUACGUAGCCGCCUGCCAAGAGCAGGGAGUCCCACUUCUGGGCUGGAGACGGAGCCUGAACUGCGAAAUGUCCUGCCCAGCUAACACCGUGUACCAGGGCUGCAUGACCCCGUGUUCGUCCAGCUGCGCGGAGCUGGCGGCCCCCGUGGAGUGCGCGGGGCCCUGCGAGGAGGGCUGCGCCAGCCUCCCGGGCCACGUCUACAGCGGCCUGGACAGCCUGCCCCUGCGGAGCUGCGGCUGCACACGUGGCGCCCGCUACUAUGAGCUGGGGGAGACCUCCGUGAGCCAGGACUGCUCCGAGCGCUGCAGCUGCAUCGGCUCCGGCACCCUGCACUGUCAGCCCAUGAGCUGCGAGCCCGGGAAGAUCUGCGCCCUGGCCAACCACACCUGGGGAUGCUUCCAAAAGGGCCCCUGCCUCCAGAACCCGUGUCGGAACGAUGGGCAAUGCCAGGAGAAAGGUGGUGACAACUUCAUCUGCGAAUGCGAGCCCGGCUACGGUGGGCCCCUCUGCAGUGAGCUUCGCGAUGACCCCAGCUCCACCGAAUCUGAAGAGAACCACCUCCUGGCCAUCCUGUUAGGCGUUCUGAUCCCCGUGGCCGUGAUUGUGCUCAUCGUGAGCGGAGUCUUGAUCUACCGGAGGCGGAAGAACCUGGGAAAACAUAGGGUGAACGAAGAAAUUAUCCUGCCAAGUGAAGAUUUAAUCCACGAGGGCACCGUGAAGAUCACCAAGUUCUAAAUUGGCUCCCAAUGAACCGGGAGGCCCGGCUCCUCCCAUCCUUCAGACAUCACUUGCCCCUCCACCAUCCCCAUCUCCACAGCCACGGUCCCCUCCAAGGGACCGAGGUAGUCCUCAUCCUGCUGAAUGUCCCCUGUUGUCCUCUCUGCACACAGUAAGCAGUCAAUAAAUGCCACUGAUUGAUUAAA